UGUCUGGCUUGUUGCUUGCUUUGCCGUUUCCGUUGCCUUGGCCGGCCUGCCUUAACACCCAAGUAGUCGUCUCCUACUACUAGUACUAGUACUACUAGAUAGUCUCUCUCCUCCCAUUAUUCCAAUCCAUUCCAGUUAGCGCCGCUAAUCCGCUCCCUAAUCACCAUCCAUCCGAUCGGCUUCCCCACCCAUGGCGGCGACGGCGGCGGAGGUUCCCGUGGAGGCGCCGGUGAGGACAGUGAAGGUCACCAAUGUCUCUCUUAGUGCAACUGUGCAAGACAUUAAGGAGUUCUUUUCCUUUUCAGGAGAUAUUGAACAUGUGGAGAUGCAGAGUGGUGAUGAGUGGUCUCAAGUUGCAUAUGUCACAUUCAAAGAUGCACAAGGCGCAGAAACUGCACUUCUUCUAUCGGGUGCCACAAUAGUUGAUCUUUCUGUCAUUAUUGCGCCUGCUCCAGAGUAUCAGCCACCCCCUACGUACUCUGCGCCACCAAUGAGUGGAACCAGAGUUGCAGUUGGUGGAGACAACACCGUUGUCCACAAGGCUGAGGAUGUUGUCAGCUCUAUGCUUGCCAAGGGUUUCGUGCUAGGCAAAGACGCUGUUGGCAAGGCCAAAGCGUUCGAUGAGAAGCACGGCUUCACUUCCACGGCCGGUGCUAAGGUAGCCUCCAUUGACAAGAAGAUUGGGCUGAGUGAUAAGAUCACCACGGGCACAUCCUUGGUCACUGGGAAGGUGAAGGAGAUGGACCAGAAGUUCCAGGUCUCUGACAAGACCAAGUCAGCAUUCGCCGCCGCCGAGCAGAAGGUGAGCAGCGCCGGGUCUGCCAUCAUGAAGAACAGAUACGUCUUCACCGGCGCGUCGUGGGUCACUGGCGCAUUCAACAAGGUCGCCAAGGCUGCCACGGACGUCGGGACGAUGACCAAGGAGAAGAUGGCAGCUGAGGAGCAGCAGAAGGGCUCUGGCCCUUCCUCUGGGGGCCACUCGUACACGCCCAUCCGAUGAUUCAUUAGCUUGGUGUUAUGCGCCCUCCCUCAAAACAGUGUUGUAUUACAUAUUGGUGGAUGUAAAACAUAGAUAUAUAGAACAGAUCAUCAGGCCCCUCUCACCACAUGUUCAUCGUUCCAUAUUCUGUUAAAUUUCGUACUGUGGGGAUUUUUUUCAGUAGGACAAGGAAGUAUGGUGGUGAUACCAAUGUGUUGGUUUAUACGAAUCCAUGUUCAGACUUCAGACUGGUUGUGGUUUGAAUGAACAUUUUGUAGAAGUGGUGGGAAGUUACCCAAAUAAUAUGAUGUUGCUGAAUCAACAUGCUA